UUCUUUCCUGCACUUGUCGACUCGGGCUGAAAACACAGCGGAAAGAGCUCUGAACAACGCUAGCAGGCAGCUAGCUUAUUUUAGUCUUUAUUCACUUUAUUGUGUGUGUUGUAGCUUAUGCAGAGACAUGUGGUUUAUUUAUUUACUGAGCUGGCUGUCGCUGAUCGUCCAAGUGUCCUUCGUCACUCUAGCGAUAGCGGCUGGCCUAUACUACUUGGCAGAACUAAUAGAGGAGUACACAGUAGCCACAAGCCGAAUAAUAAAAUACAUGAUCCUGUUCUCGACAGGUGUGCUGCUGUGUCUCUACGUCUUUGAAGGUUUCCCUCUGUUCAUGGUGGGCGUCGGCCUCUUCACAAACCUGGUGUAUUUUGGCCUCCUGCAAACCUUUCCCUACAUUCUGCUCAGCUCUCCCAACUUCAUCCUCUCCUGUGUGUUAGUGGUGGUGAACCAUUACAUGGCCUUCCAGUACUUUGCACAAGAGUAUUACCCGUUCUCAGAGGUGCUGUCCUACUUCACCAUCUGCCUGUGGGUCAUCCCGUUUGCCUUCUUCGUGUCGCUGUCAGCGGGAGAAAAUGUACUUCCAUCCACCAUGCAGCAAGGAGACGAUGUUGUGUCAAAUUAUUUCACCAAGGGCAAACGGGGCAAGAGGUCUGGGAUCCUCCUCAUAUUCUCCUUCCUCAAGGAGGCGGUACUGCCCAGCCGACAGAAAAUGUACUGAAGGGCUCGGAUUCGGGGCGCCGGGGAUGUGUAGGUGUGUGGAGAAGUUGGACAACAAGCAGUAGAGCGAGAAGGACGUUGGAAGUCCUUUGUGGAUUGGACUGAAGCAAAUCAGUGGCCAAAACAUGGAAGGAAGCGCACAAAAAGGAUGGACCAAUAAACAGACUGGAUGAUUAAUUGAGUUUGCAAAGGCCAUGUUCAUCUUUCGGGUUUGUUCCGACUGCCAAGAGCACCUCUUUGAGACCUUUUUUUAGGGAUCAUGACUGUAGCGCAGUAAUUUUUGUAUCAUCGACAUAUUUUUUAAGCUUUAGUAUCAAAGCAAUUCUGAGAGAGGGGUUUAAAAUACUAAAUGACAAACUGACAAACUUGUUGCGGAUGGAUAAAUCGUAAUUGGAUUUCCUUUUUGAAGAUUUAUUCUUGUCAUUUUUGUGUUUGUCUGAUUAAGUCUUCAAGGUAGCACCAAAGUCACAAAGAGGGGUGAAAUAUUUUCCACUAAAUGAGUAAAAUAGAUGAGAGAGAGAGUAAUGGUAUGAAAAGCGAUAAUCUUAGAAAGCACAGCAAAAAACAUGUAAAACGACUCAGCUGCUGAAACUAACAAGAAAUCCAGCAAUCACUUUUAAGGGUUACUUGAGAGUCUGCGAGGGAGUUCUCAAAUAAAUAUUAUGACUUUCAUUCCAGUGAUCAGGUGUAACCUAAGAAAAAUAUACUUUGUAACUUUACUUCCUAUAAAAUCGGUCACAUAAAUGCAUAUUGUAGGUCUUAAUCUUAAGUUUCAAUGCAUCACUUUUCUCUGGAUCAAUUAAACUGGGUGUUUGUUAAUUUGU